AUGGUAUCUUUCGACGUAGAAUCGCGGUUUACCAACGUUCCUAUCGACGCCGCUGUACAAACCGCACUGCAGAAACUCGAGAACGACCCAAAUCUUGCAGACCGCACCACGCUUACGCCUGCACAGAUCGCCGACCUUUUGACUUUCGUAUUAAGAUCCGCAUACUUCCAGUAUAACGGAUCGAUUUAUGAGCAAAAAUACGGCGCCGCCAUGGGGAGUCCGCUUUCCGCUGUUAUUGCUAACCUCUACAUGGAGAGUUUCGAAGAACAGGCGAUAACUACAUCGUCCUACGAGCCUAGGAUCUGGAAACGCUACGUGGACGAUACCUUUACCAUCCUGGAUCGCGAAAACGUAGAUGACUUCUUACAGCAUUUAAACAACCAGCAGCCUUCCAUCCGCUUCACCAUGGAGACAGAGAAAGACAACAAACUCGCCUUCCUAGACACCGCAGUUUUAAGAGAACCUGACGGCCGCCUCACCACCAGCGUAUACAGGAAGCCCACGCACACCGAUCAAUACUUGGCGUAUGAUUCACACCAACCUCAAUCAGUAAAACGCGGUAUUGUUAAGUGUCUUUACGAGCGCGCCAAACGUCUUGUAACAAAACCCUCUGUCAUCGUUUUUAGGCUAAAUCUAUGUUGA